AAUUGACGCGAACUUAUAUUGAUGGACAUCCUCUAAAGUCUGAAACCAAAUUCCCACCAACGUAUAAUCUAAUAACGACUCUCAUUUUUAGCAGUAUAGAAGCUGUAAAAUCUUUACAAUGGCUCCAUCAAGAGUUCCCCAAAAGCGAAUCUUAGGGGAGGCAAAGAAUAUUCAACAAAGCAAUAUCUCCUCCUCCCCUCCAUCGGCGGCGAAGAAGCGGAAGUUGGAGCCAGUUGCAUCAUCACCAGCCCCGGUUAGAUUCAGGAGUUCACAGAAUGGACCCAAGGGAAAGCUGGCUUCUAGCCAGCCUAGUCAAUUCGAGUCGGAAGUGUUGGAAAAAAUGACACAGGAUAUCGAAAGCUUGAAGAAGAAUAAUUCAGAAAAAGAUCAAGAAUGGGCAAGGCCGAGUCUGGCAGACUUCAACCCCGAGGAGGAUAAUUUAAUCUUUCAGCAAAUUGAAUGUGAGGAGGGUACUUAUAAUCAUGGAAAGGCGACUGUGAAGUUGUUUGGUGUCACUGAGGUAAACUUAAUCUUCAUUUCCUUCUCAGGCUAGAACUAACAUCACAUAUAGACUGGUCACUCAGUUAUGCUACAUGUUCAAGAUUUCUUACAUUACCUUUAUGUUGCCGCUCCAGUCAGUUUUACACAUAAAGAUUGCGAACAAUACAAAGUGUAUCUGGAUUCGCAUGUGGGAAUGUACACGCCUGCCAUUCACUCAGUAUCGGUAGUUCUACGAGAAAAUUUAUAUGGAUUUACGGGAAACAAACAGCACGCAUAUAUUAAGGUCACAGUUACGGACCCUAAAUAUAUAAACAAAGUCAGGACAACUAUCGAGGAGGGUCGAGCAAACUGGAAAGGGAUGUGGAGGAAUGACGGAAAUGGCAUUUUGACGUUUGAUAGCAUUCAAUAUGUGUUAAGAUUUAUGGUUGAUGUCAAGGUGAGUCCCCUUCCUCUUCUCAUUCUCACCUCGCUUUCCCCAAAAUCACCCAUAUCAUAAUUUAGUCCUUAACAUGUCUAACCGAUGGCAGAUUCAUGGUAUGUCUUGGGUGGAAGUGGAAGCAAAGAAAUACGAAAUAGUCCCGGAACAUAAUAGACAAUCGAAUUGUCAAAUCGAAGCCGUAAUGUCAUAUCGGGAUCUCAUUGCGCAUCAACCAGAAGGAGAAUGGGCGAAGAUGGCACCUUUACGUAUUCUAUCCUUCGACAUCGAAUGUGCUGGUCGCAAGGGUGUCUUUCCGGAAGCAAAUCAGGAUCCUGUUAUUCAAAUCGCUAAUAUUGUUACUCGUUACGGAGAAAAGAAGCCAUUCGUACGAAAUGUCUUUUGUCUCGAUACCACUAGUUUGAUUGUCAAUACACAAAUUUUUGAAUUUGACAAGGAAGAAAAGAUGUUGUCGAAAUGGAGAGACUUUCUUGAAGAAGUCGACCCAGAUAUCAUCAUUGGUUACAAUAUUGCCAAUUUCGAUUUUCCAUAUCUCUUGGAUCGAGCUGAUCAUCUGAAAGUCAAAAAUUUCAGCCAAUGGACUCGAUUGAAGUCUAUCCACUCUCAAGCUAAAACCUCCAAUUUCUCCAGCAAACAAAUGGGUAAUAGGGAUACAAAGGCUACCAAUACUAAUGGACGACUGCAAUUGGAUUUGUUACAACUUGUUCAGAGAGAUCAUCAACUGCGAAGUUAUACUCUCAAUUCCGUUUGUGCUCAAUUUUUGGGUGAGCAAAAGGAGGAUGUUCAUCACACUAUGAUUACUGAAUUAUUUAACGGAACACCUGAGUCUAGACGAAGAUUAGCAGUUUACUGUCUAAAGGAUGCUUAUCUACCUCAACGACUCAUGGAUAAACUUUCAUGUUUGGAGAAUUACACGGAAAUGGCUAGAGUUACAGGUGUCCCUUUUAAUUUUCUUCUGUCCCGUGGCCAACAAGUCAAAUUCAUUAGUCAACUGUUUCGAAAAGCUUUGGAGCAGAAAUUGGUUAUUCCUAAUCUCUCAACCGCUUCAUCAGAAGAACAGUACGAAGGUGCCACUGUCAUUGAACCUACUAGGGGAUAUUAUAGUGUCCCAAUUGCAACCCUGGAUUUUGCUUCUCUAUAUCCAAGUAUUAUUCAAGCACAUAAUCUUUGCUAUACUACAUUACUCAAGAAAGAUGUUGUUGAAGCUCUCAAUCUGGAGAAGGAUGAAGAUUAUAUCGUUACACCAAAUGGGGACAUGUUCGUCACUACCAAACAACGAAAGGGUCUUCUUACACAAAUUUUGGAAGAAUUGUUAACAGCAAGAAAACAAGCUAAAAGAGAACUUGCUGUCGAAACAGAUCCUUUCAAAAAAGCUGUAUUGAAUGGUCGGCAACUUGCAUUGAAGAUUAGCGCAAACAGUGUUUACGGUUUAACUGGUGCUACUGUAGGAAAAGUACCUUGUUUGCCAAUUGCCAGUAGUACCACAAGUUAUGGUCGUCAAAUGAUUGAAAAGACAAAGGCAGAAGUCGAGGCAAAAUACACCAUCGCAAAUGGAUAUUCGCAUGAUGCUCAAGUCAUUUACGGUGAUACUGAUUCGGUCAUGGUUAAAUUUGGCGUGAAGGACUUGGCGGAAGCAAUGAAACUAGGAGAAGAAGCUGCACAGUACGUUUCCUCGAAAUUCAUCAAGCCGAUCAAGUUGGAAUUCGAAAAGGUUUAUUACCCAUAUCUUCUCAUUAACAAGAAGAGAUAUGCUGGGCUUUAUUGGACAAAUCCUGAUAAGUAUGACAAAAUGGAUACGAAAGGUAUUGAGACAGUUCGUCGUGACAACUGUCGGCUGGUUCAAAACGUCAUUGAGACGGUACUGAGAAUGAUCUUGAUUGACCAAGAUGUUCAAGGAGCUCAAGAGUAAGCUUUCCUACUUUCCUCCUCUUUGCAGCUAUCAAUUAACGACUUUUAGCUACGUAAAAGACACCAUUUCGGACCUUCUUCAAAACAAAAUCGACAUGUCUAAACUCGUCAUCACCAAAGCCCUAGCGAAAGCAGAUUAUACCGCUAAACAAGCACACGUGGAACUCGCUGAACGUAUGAAAAAACGAGAUGCAGGAUCAGCACCUACAUUAGGUGACCGUGUCGCCUAUGUCAUCAUCAAAGGUUCUGCUGGAGCCAAAAAUUUCGAGAGAUCAGAGGAUCCUAUCUUCGUACUCGAAAAUAACGUCCCCAUAGAUACGAAAUAUUACCUCGAUAAUCAACUCGCCAAACCUCUGGGUAGAAUUUUCGAACCUAUUCUCGGCGAAACAAAAGCCAAUUCUCUUCUAGCAGGAGCUCAUACCCGUGCCAUAUCCGUUGCAGCCCCCACCAUCGGCGGUCUCAUGAAAUUCGCCAAGAAAACCUCAACAUGCAUGUCUUGCAAAAAGCCGCUCGUAAAACCCAACGAGAAAGAUGGAGCAGUAUGUACAGAUUGUGCACCUAGAAUUGGAGAAAUGUAUCAGAAACAACUGAAUAAAGUAUCGGAUCUCGAAGUCAGGUUUGGAAGAUUGUGGACGCAGUGUCAGAGGUGUCAGGGUAGUAUGCAUUGUGAAGUUAUCUGUAGUAGUAAGGAUUGCCCGAUUUUUUAUAUGAGGAUGAAGGCCAAGAAGGAUGUGGAGGAUGCGGGGAAGGAGUUGGAGAGGUUUGAUUUCGAUCAAUCGGCUUGGUGAUCUAGUGUAGUUUUUCUUUUGGCAUUGGCCCCGGUGCGGAAAUAUCAUGGUAUUACAGGGCGUUAGGUGUAUGGAAGCCGCUCUGUGGAAAGACGGGCUCAAGCAAUGUUUCCUGGGUUAAGUGUGGUGU